AUGGUGAAGAAUAAUAAUGUGGCUAGUGGAUCACGAGUUCCGGCUGUAUGGAAUAAUCAGAAUACAACUAUAUUUUGUGACUUGUGUAUCAAGGAUGUGGAGGCAGGUAAUCGUCCUGGUACUCACUUUAAGAAAGAAGGAUGGGAAAAUGUGAGGAUUAGCUUGAGUAAAGAGAUAGGAGCCGAGUAUGAUAAAUCACAAUUGAAAAUAUGGAAAGAACUAAUUGGAAAAGAAACUGGUCUUGGGUGGAAUUCCAAAUUUGGAACUAUUGAUGCUUCUGAAGAAUGGUGGCAUAACAAAAUUGAGCGUUAUGAAAUAAUGCUUUAA